AUGAUGCUUCGGCAGCUUUUCCGAGGACCAGUCCCACUGACUUUGCUCAGGCGGAGCCUCGCUUCGGCAGCACCCGCAUCCAGCGAUCCUGUUAACAAAGAGGCUCUGAUGAAAUUGCGUAAACGCACGGGUUACAGCUACGUGAACUGUCGAAAAGCGCUGGUGAAGUUUGGAGCCGACAAUAUUGCAGAGGCGGAGAAAUGGCUUCGCGAACGAGCACAGAGCGAGGGAUGGGCCAAAGCCGCCAAGUAA